AUGGUUUUCUGUGUGAGAUGCUGUUGGGAUGGAUUGGCAGGGAACCACAAGAGGCUGUUCCUUCAGCCACCCCAAAGCGAACGGUCCCUGCCAACCCAGGCUCAGUUUUCUUCUUCUCGCCAUCCCCACCAGGGUCUGGGACUGGAAUGUAAAGAAGUCAAGAUGAAAGGGCAGUGGCAAAUGAGUGCUCUGCUGGCACUCACCGUCAAGGCAGAAGGUCCAGAGCGAGGGCCUCAGAUGAGCUUGGCCAUAGAACGCAAGGAUGCAGUGACCUAUGAGGAUGUGCAUGUGAACUUCACUAGGGAAGAGUGGGCUUUGCUGGAUCCUCCCCAGAAGAAUCUCUACAAAGAUGUGAUGGUAGAAACCUACAGGAACCUCACUGCUAUAGGCUACAAAUGGGAAAACCAGAGUAUUGAGGAAUAUUGUCAACAUUUUAGAAGACAUACAAGGCAGAAAAGAAGUAAUUCUGCACAGAAACAAUAUGAAUGUAAGCAAUGUGGGAAAGCCUUCACAUGUCACAGCCUUCUGAAAAUGCAUGAAAAAAUUCAUAUUGGAGAGAAACCCUAUGAAUGUAAUCAAUGUAUUAAAGCCUUUGCAUAUCACAGCUAUUUGAAAAUACAUGAAAGAAUUCAUACUGUAGAGAAGUCCUAUAAAUGUAAGCAAUGUGGUAAAGCUUUUACACGUCUUGUUAAUCUUCAGAGGCAUGAGACAAUUCACACUGGAGAAAAACCUUAUAAAUGUAAUCAAUGUGGUGUACUCUUUACUUUUCACCGUACUCUGAAAAUACAUGAAAGAAUUCAUACUGGACAAAAACCUUACAAAUGUAAUCAAUGUGAUAAGGUCUUUUUAUGUAGCAGUCAUCUUCAAAGGCAUGAAAGAACUCAUACUGGAGAGAAACCCUGUGAAUGUAAGCAAUGUGGGAAAGCCUUCACACAUGACAGUAAUCUGAAAAUGCAUGAGAAAAUUCAUACAGGAGAGAAACCCUAUGAAUGUAAUCAGUGUGGUAAAGCCUUUGCAUAUCACAGUUAUUUGAAAAUACAUGAAAGAAUUCAUACUGGAGAGAAACCUUAUGAAUGUAAUCAAUGUGAUAAAGUUUUUGUACAUAAAAAUAAUCUUCAUAGGCAUGAAAGAACACAUACUGGAGAGAAACCUUAUGAAUGUAAACAAUGUGGUAAAGCCUUUACACGUGACAGUAAUCUGAAAAUGCAUGAAGCAAUUCAUAAUGGAGAGAAACCCUAUGAAUGUAGUCAAUGUGAUAAAGUUUUUGCACGUAAAAGUCAUCUUCAAAGACAUGAAAGAACUCAUACUGGAGAGAAACCUUAUGAAUGUAAACAAUGUGGUAAAGCCUUUACACAUGACAGUAAUCUGAAAAUGCAUGAAACAAUUCAUACUGGAGAGAAACCCUAUGAAUGUAAUCACUGUGGUAAAGGCUUUGCACAUCCCAGUAAUCUUAAAGCACAUGAAAAAAUUCAUAAUGGAGAGAAACUCCAUUGAAUAAUGGAGAGAAACUCCUAUGAAUGUAAUGAAUGUGGGAAAGUCUUUAAACAUCACAGUAGUCUGCACAUAUAUAAAAGAAAACAUACUGGAGAGAAGCCCUUCAAAUGUAAUCAGUUUGAUAAAGCCUUUAUAAGUACCAGUCAACUUAACUAUCAUGAAAGAAUGCACACUAGAUAGAAGACCUAAGAGUAUAAUCAAAGUGGUAAAUUUCUUGCAAAAUAGUCACUUUAAAUCCAUUGGAAUACUGAUACUCUUCAAUAUUCAUACGAUCAAAGUCUGAUAUCUUAAAGUUUACCUAAUUUUUUAAAUCCAUAAGGUUUUUCUCUAUAUGAAUUUGUAGGUGUAAAGAAAGUGAA